AUGGGCGACGUACGGAAGCACAACUUUAGUGAGUAUCUGAAGCUGAAGAGGCGGAGGGAGGAGCAACGGACAGAGGAGCAGUCGCAGGCUGGGACAGAGGGACGGGCAGAGGAACAGGCAGAGCCUCAGGAAGAGCCUCAGACAGAGGCCCACACAGAGCCUCAGACAGAGAGGAACGCUGCUACAGCGAAAGAGCACCAGAGCAGCGCUGCUGCCCACGAGAACUGCUCGCCCGUCACUUGGGACGACGAAUUCACAGUGCUGGAGAAGAAGUACGCGGAGGGAAACGCCCUCCCUCCACUGCUAUCGCCUCAAUUACCCUCGAGAUACACGGAUAGACCGAUGAUACCCACGAAACUGUCGCCCACACUGCCCCCAAAGUACUCCAGACAGGUGCCAGAGAGGAAGCCAACGCCGUUGUCCUUGUCGUCCGCCUCUUCCAAUAGGCGUGUUAAGAUAGUGAGGAGAAACCACUGUCUGGAAGUGACGAUUCACCUUCCACCAGGGCUCAAAGUGAAGGCCCAUAACAGCGUUACCAAGAAGCAGGCCAAUGGUAACAGCAGGCUUAUCGGGCUGGGUAUCUCCACCUCUGCCUCCAUAGACAAGGAGCAGUGUCAUGCCAAUUUCGAAAAGUUCGUUAGAGUCGCAACAGAGAAGAAACACCUUGGUGACUCGUAUCGUGAUAGUCCCGGUGGAAACGAUAGGGAGAACGUGCAACUGGCGAUCGUGACGUACAUUGACUCGAUAACCAUGUACCUCGUGGGGUUCCACCACCAGGACAUGUACAGGAAGCUGUGUAAGAAGCUGUCGGAUGAGAAGACAUGGCUCACGCUAGAGUCGCUCCUGGACCUGGUCAUCACUCUGUCACAGCACGAGCACAACGACUCAUCUGACAUCACAGGGCUGUGCUACCAGAUACGGUGUGUCGUCUACGAGCACGUGAGUCGCAUAGUGGAUGGCUACAUCCGUGUGGCCAUUGCCAACAGGAAGAGAAGCUUUUCUGACGCGGACAAGCUGAGGUACGGCGACGUGCUUGUCGAGAGGAUCAAGCAACAGAUGAAGUACAGGGACAUCUCGCGCAAGUCCUUGGAACGUGGUGAUGAACUGCUCGACAUGGCCCAGCUAGCGAGACGGUACAGGCCAUUGCUGGGCAGGCCCUCCAGGGAGAAGCCCGUGGAGGAGGAUAGAGCUGAGUCGCUGUUCGACGGUGCGGUCCACCUGCCCAUAAACCACACCACAACGGUCGAAGAGGUCAGCGAGUACGCUGUGCGAGUCGCACAGCUCUGGAGCAAGCACCAGGGCGUACGGUACACCAAUUGGGGCCUCGGAUGA